AUGAAUUACUCGGAUACGUCCAUUCCUACUUUCAUUGGGACAUUGACCUCCUUAAUUCACAUGGACCUCUCUUGGACUGGAUUCAUGGGGUCGAUUCCUCCUCAAAUUGGGAAUCUCUCCAACUUGGUGUAUCUUGAUCUGAGUAAUUAUUAUUACAAAGAAAAAGCUUUAUUUACUGAAAAUGUUGAUUGGCUAUCAAGUCUUUCAAAGCUUGAAUAUCUUGACUUGGGAGGUUCCAUUCCUGAUGGUAUUCGAAACCUCACACUUCUUCAAAAUCUUGAUUUGUCAGGCAAUCAAUUUGAUGGACCAAUUCCAACUUCUUUUGGUAAUUUGUCCAACUUAAGGGAGAUGUAUUUCUCAAAUCUGAAACUCAACCAAAAGGCUCUGACAAAUAAACUUGGAGAUUUUAAAAAUAUUGACACUCUAGAUUUUUAUGGCAACAAAAUUGGUGGCGACCUUCCAAGAUCACUGGGAAAACUUGUAUCAUUGAGAUCUCUUGAACUGUCCGAAAAUCUAUUUAGCGGAAAUCCAUUUGAAAGUCUUGGAUCACUCUCUAAAUUGUCAGCACUUUACAUUGAUCACAAUCGUUUUCAAGGAGUCGUCAAGGAAGAUGAUUUCGCAAAUCUUACCCGCUUGAAGUGGUUUGAUGCAUCAGGGAACAAUUUGACUUUAAAAGUGGGUCCCAGUUGGCAUCCUACUUUUCAGCUUUCCCAUUUGGAUAUGAGCUCCUGGCAGAAUCAACUUUCUGGGGAAAUCACUCCGACCAUGUCAAAUCUGAGCUUCCUGAGCAUGCUAGACUUAUCAUAUAAUAAUUUGAGGGCAAAAAUUCCAACAGGAACUCAACUGAAAACCUGUGAUGCCUCCAACUUCAUUGGCAACGACCUCUGCGGCCCACCACUGGCCAUCAAUUGCAGCUCCAACAAUUCCAUGCCAAUGGCCAUCAAUUGCAGCUCCAACAAUUCCAUGCCAAUGGCAAAGGGAGUGACAGGCAUGGAGUGGAGUGGUUUUUUGUGA